CGAUUUCAAUGCGCGCCUUGCGCAGCCGGACUGGCGCCGAGCAAGGCUCCACAUACUAGGUCUCAAGUUGGCCCAAGUUUCUAAUAUAAUGCCUGGCUUAACCCUGCCUUGCCAGGGCCGUUCCGCCCGGUGAAUAAUCGCGCCGGUUUGGUUUCUUGACAUUUUACAGUCGCUUCCGAGGCUAUCAGGACGCGCCAGCAAUAUAUAGGGAUAGUAAUUUUUGUGUUCGCAGCAAGAGCGCUCUUCGUUGCGCUUUCAGAGCGAGGCCCCGCGGUUUGCGUCAUGUGUUUCUCUUGCCGGAGGCACCUGAUACUGACUUAGUUUAUCCCUGCUAGCCAUUAAUCACUGGCAAAUGGCUAAGCCUUUGCCUGGCUCGGCAGUUGGCUUCUCAAUGCUCCAGCGACCAGCCUCUUUCAUAUUAAGGCAGAGGUGAACAGUACUGGAAAAGUACUGGAAUCAAGGCAAUGUCGGCCGAUGAGGCCGGCACUUACGAGGAGGAGCGUGGAGGGCCCGCGAAGCGGAGCGCAAGCGCACUCACGCUUGAGCUGCAGACGCUGGGUCGAAUUGCACGGUCCUAUCCAAGCACCUGGCUGGCACCACUGCUCGUACUAAUGCUAUGCUGCGGACUCGGGGUUUUUGGCGUGCAGCGGAUGGCACAAGUCAGCAUUGACUGUGCAAAGGCCAAGGCUAGCUCCAUCGCCAGCACCACUGCCGCCGCGCUGGAGCAGCGCUUCUGGACGGCGGCGGUGCCGCUGCAGCUGCUGAGCUCGCUGGUCCGCUUCGCGCCGCAGUGGGACCAGGCGCAGCAGCUGUUCCUGGGCGUGGGCCCCUCGCUGCUGGCGCAGGACGCGACACAGGCCAUUGUGUGUCUGGAGCUGUCGCCGCAGGGCAUCACGCGCACCACAGUGCCGUACAUCCCAGCCAGGAUCGGCCACAACUUGCUGACGGUCGCCUGGCCCACUGCGGACCAGCGCCCGUAUCUGUCCGCGGCGCAGGAGCGCAAGAUGGCGGUGAUGGGGCCCGUGACGAAGCCGGGCGGCGCGGUGGUGGCGUGGGUGGCGACGCCCGUGUUCGUGAACAGCAGUCGCGAGGAAGAGGUGUUUGGCAUCACCGGCAACCUGACCAACGGCGCUUGCGGCGCGCUGUGCGCUUACAACGCCACAGGGCAGGAGCGGUGGUGGGGCUUCGUGUCAGCGGCAAUGGACGUCGCUGCGCUGACCCUAGGAAGGGACUCGCCGCUCACACCGCUUGACGGCUUGGGCUACCACUACCGCCUGAUUGCACCCGUGGCGGCGGCGGACGGGCUUCAACACGUGGCCAGCUCGGGCGGUCCCGAGCUGUGUGACCCCGUGGUGUCGGCGGUGCAAAUCACACCCAGCACACAGUGGAUGUUGUACGUGGCGCCUGCGGACGGCAACUGGACGCCAGCCUGGUUCGGCGGCGUGGUGGCGGUGGUGGUGGUGAUGUCGGUGGUGGUUGCCGGGUUGCUGUUCGCGCUGCUCAUAUCCAGGCACAAGCAGCGCAUGCUUCUGGAGGCCCUGCUGCCCAAGCAGGUCAUCCAGGAAAUGCAGACUGACACCAAACACAUCACUGACAUGGCGGCUGCCCCGCGCCUCAACACCGCGGACACGCCCGCCGGCAUGCUGCUGCACCUGCUGGGGGGCCUUCUGGAGGGCCAGCCGCCCGACGUGCGGGAUGUGGUGUUCAUCCGCUCAGCGCUGCUGCGGAGCGCAGACCUGUACACACCCAUGGACCUGCGGACGCAGCUCAAGGGAGCCAACCUGGACGUGGAUGUGAUGCACGCGCUACUGCGGCAGUUGGGCGCCGCAGACGACCGCCGCCUCUUCUCCGCGGCCAGCCGUGCAGCCGCAGCCGCAGGCGGCGGCUCCGUGCGCCCCUACCCGCACCGCACGAGGCUCAGCCGCGCGGGCACCGCACUGGAUGCCGACACCACGCCCACCGGCCAUGUCCACGCGCACACGGGCAACGGAUUUGGCGGCUUCGCUGCCGCCCGCAUGAGCACUCGCCACAGUGUUGACGACACCGCCGCCACCUGCUCCUCCACCCGCUACUCCCAUGCGGGCGGCCACACCACCUGCACCAGCAGCACAGGCGAGGCCGCGUUCUCCCGCUUCAGUCGCUUCACUGACAGCGGCUGGAACGUCGUGGGCGCGGCGCCGACUGUGCCAAGCGGCACGGCUGGUGGCGGCGGUACGGGCACGGCUGGCGGCGGUGGUGGCACGGGCGUGGAUGCCGUUGGGCUCGUUGGUGUGCCGCGCACCACCUUUGACACGCUCACCGGCGCGCUGGCCGUCCUGCUGGCUCCAUCUCCGAUGCUGUUUCCGCCAGCUUCCUCCGCUGUGCAGGGGGAGGUGUUUCUGCCGCACGUGACCAGCUGCCACCCGCUCGCGCUGCACGAGGUAAGCGGCUGCUGGCCAGCCGGACCCGCGGCGGCGUCGACCCCGGCAGCGUUGACGGCGCUCUUGCCACUGCCGCCAGCCGCCCAACAGUUGGAGCCAUUCUCCUUCGGCGCGUCGGGCGGCGCUUCCCACUCCGUGCCGCUGCUGCCGCAGCCGCCGCGCAUGGCGGCGAGCCGGGCCUCGGCCAACGGGGCCUGCCCUUCCGGCGCACAUGAGGCGUUGCUGGCGGCGGCGGCGCUGCCGGAUGCAGGCGCCUGCCGUCCGCCGCCGCUGCUGCCGCCGAUGUCGACGUCGACAGCGGGCUACGCAGCCGGCCUGGCCAGCGCCGCCGGAGCCAUGGCAACGACGUCAUGCUCGCCACUCCCCUCCGGCGUGCUUAGCAUUCAGCCCACCUCCGCAGUGCUUCCCUCGGACCUCCUGCCACAUCUAAUGACGGCGGCGCAGGAGCUAGUAGACCGCGCGCUGGGCGGCGGCGGCAGCACAGGAGGCGCCGGCGCGGGCAGCAGCGGGGCGGUGGUGGUGGAAGGCAGCCGUGCGGGCAGCGCAGGUGUGCCGCUUGUGCGGUUUGGCAGCACCAGCCUCGGGCUCCGGGCGUCUACAGGGGCUGUGCCCUGCAGUGGUACCGGCGGCGGCGGGGCGGUCACGCCGUCUCAUGCGGGCCACGGUGCGCUUGGCAAGCCGCCUGGGCGCCGCGUGUCUGGCUCCCUGAUCGUGUUGGACGGCAUGCCCAGGAUGGGAGGUUUUGGCGGCGGUGUCGACAGCUUUAACAUGUCGCCGGCGCCCGCCGCCAGUCAGCGCAACACGCCCACCCUGGCCGCAGCCGCAGCAGCAGCAGCGGCAGCGGCCAACGCAGCUGCGGCGGCACCCGCCCCCAGCGCUGGUGGGGCAGUGGGCAGCAGCUGGAAGGGCCUGCUCAACCUGCUGGGCGUGGCGACAGGCGGCGCGGAGGGAAGCACGGGCGGCGGCGGCGGCAGCCGCCGGGCGAGCACAGGUGUGUUGGGUGUGGUCGGCGGCUCCGCCACCUCCACCAGCGCGCGGGCAGCUGAAGUACCCAUUCCCACAGCCGCGACGACAACAACUCUGUCUGCGUCUACGGCGGCUACUGCUGUCAUGAGCCGCUCCCAGCAUAGCACCGGCCCAGCGGCAGCGGCGACGGUGGCUGUGAGCUGCGGCGCGCAAGGCAACUUGCAGCCGCAGGCCUUGUGCGCCGCGAUGGGCGACGGCGCGGCAAUGUCUGGCGCCGCCGCGUCACCGUUCUCAUCCAGCCUGCAGCCGCUGGUGCAGGGCCAGCGGCCGAGCUCGCAGCCGCACGGCUUCCAGCAGCAGCAGCAGCAGCAGUCGGGCUCGCAGCAGCAGCGGCAGCUCACACAGGCGGGGCUGGCGGCGCGGCUGUCUGGCGGCGGCCGGACGCUGCUGCAACCGCCGGCAGACUUACAGAUGCCGCCGCCGCCCAUUCUUGAAGAGGUGGAACGGGUGCUUGCGGGCGCCGACCGUUGGUACUUUGACGCAUGGAAGCUGGCGGAGGUGGCGCAGGGACAUGCGCUGAGCGCUCUGGGCUACUACCUCAUUCAACGGGAGGGGCUGAUUGACAAGUUCCGACUCAAGCCCGUCAUGCUGGCCAGGCUCUUGCGCACCAUCGAAUCCGGGUACAACCCAGACAACCCCUACCACAACGCCACGCACGCGGCCGACGUGCUGCAGACGCUGCACGUGAUCAUCCACGGCGCCGGGCUGCACGCAGGCUACCUGGAUCGGCUAGGCCUGCUGGCCGCCUAUUUUGCGGCCAUGGUGCACGACCACGGCCACCCCGGCCUCACCAACGACUUCCUCAUCGCCACCGGGGACGUGCUGGCGGUGCGCUACAACGACAAGAGCCCGCUGGAGAACCACCACGCCGCCUCCGCCUUCGCGCUGCUGCAGCGACACGACCUGGACCUGCUGGGCCACCUGCCGCAGCAGGACCGCGCCGCCUUCCGGAAGCAGGUGAUCGAGAUGGUCGUGGGCACGGACAUGAAGCAGCACUUCACCAUCCUGUCGCACUUCAACACCGCCCACCGCCUGCCCAGCUACGCGGCGCAGUCCGCCGCCGUGCCGGCGGGCAGCGGCGCCGCCAGCGCGGCGUCCACCCCCACGCGCGAAGGCCCGGAGCUCUCACCUCCCAGUGAGCUGGCAUCGGGAGCCACAGCUGCCGCCGGGUCUCUGAGCGCCAGCCCCACCGCCGCCGUGUCCACCGCCCAGCCGCCACCUGGGUCGGCGCCGUCACCCUUGGACGAGGCGGAGCGGCUGCUGACUCUGCAGGUGGCGCUCAAGGCCGCGGACGUGGGACACCUGGGCGAGGAGCUGUGCGUGCAUGAGAGGUGGUUGGGUGUGCUGGAGGAGGAGUUCUUCCGCCAGGGCGACAAGGAGAAAGCUCUGGGACUUCCAAUGAGUCCACUUUUCGACCGCGCCAAGCAGGGCGUCAGCAAGAGCCAAGUGGGCUUCUACGACUUCGUAGCGCUGCCUCUGGUGCAUGCGCUGGCGAGCGCAUUCCCGGGUGCGCGGCCGUUGCUGACCGCGUUCCGACGUAACUACGGCCACUGGCGGGCGGUUGAGACAGCGGCCAGCAACUCUGGCAAGUAGUGACUCCCGCCGGGGUCGCAAGCAACCGGUUAGGAUCACGGCUGCCGCCUGGCGCUGGGGGCCAUUUCGUGAUGGUGGUGGGAUUCGGUUGUGUAGUCAACCGCUCUUUGGGUAUCUAGGGAUGAGGGAGGGUCGCAUUGCGCCAUCCGUGGCAGUGGGAUGCGGCAUUUGGUGCCUGAGGGCCAUGCGGGCGCCUUUGGGGAACUGCGGGGUUACUUCUAUUACUCACCAGUCCGCCUGUGAUUCGGGGUGUUUUGAUUUUAGGGUGAAGGGCGGCGUGCGUUGAAAGACGCACAGCAAUUCAGCCACCGCUGAUGCUGCCAGGUUGGCAACAUAAAAUACUAAUGGCAGCAUAAUGAACAAUGCAUUUGAAGUCCUCGACAGGAGAUUCUUCCACGCUUUCAAUGAGGGAUGGUUGUCAUGUGUAGUGGACGUGGCCAUGCAUGUGUUGAACAAAUUCUUUACAGUCGAUGCGCGUGUAUGCUUUGUCCCUGUUGGGUGCCCGCAUGGACGUGGACAUCACGAGUCAUGAGUCGAGGCAGAAGGCACGCAGUAUGUGCGGACGCGCAUGAGGAAGGAUGAAGAGCACGCAUUGCGCAUCGCUCGACUGAGAUUGAUGCCGCAGCCAAUGUUGAAACAUGCUGAACCUAAACAGACGGCGUCCCCAAUCAUGCCCUCUUGCGGUACUAGUGGAGGCAUGGGCCGUGCACGGUUGGUCCAGGGAUGGCGCAAAAAUGUGCAUGGCUUGUGGGUGGCAAUAGGCGGGGAGGGCAUGGUGCUUCACUGCCCCACUCUGUCCUUCAAUUGACGCGGGUCCACGGAAUGUAGCCGACUGCAAUGGGUACGCGGUGAUUGUGAGACUGCUGAUAGCAGCAUGGGUCUCUUCAUGACGGCGUGUGGCGCUGUUGUAUGUGGUGACGGGAAGCUGACGCUGGUGGGGUUUGGCUAUUGGUCGGGGCUGGGGCUGGGUGGCACGGCCCUUGCCUCGUGUGAUGCGCAGUGCUGAAGGGCAGGGUAGUAUGGACUGGGCAGGGGGUGGUAUGGACUGGGCAGGGGGUAGUAUGGACUGGGCAGGGGGUGGUAUGCGUAGUAUGCUGCACCGCACAUCAAAGCGCGUGGCAGCACGAAAGAGUUGUGAAAAGAGGCCAUGUGGGGUUCACCUCAACAGUUUUGAUCACAAGUCGCUCUGCACCGCUUGCCAAGGUGGUGGUGGUAGUGCGUUCCGCUUAUGCGUGGUGUCACGGGUGUAGAGGACCACUGAGCAGUGUGGUGAAAUAUGCACUGGUGUGCCCUGCAGGUGCGGGCAGCAGCUUGCUGCAGGGUGCACCUCCAGAACACCGUUUGGGCGGGCCGACGUGGGUGAGGUGUACCCUGGAUGCUGUAGGGCGUUGGCCUGAACGGCGCUUAGAACGCAACUGUACAGCAUGGCAGUGCCGCAACGGGUGAUGUGGGUACAAUGAUAAAUGUCAAUCAGUUAUGGGUGUUUGGUCGGUGCUAAUUGGCGUCCCUCGUAACGGCGCUGGUGACCAUGAAAGCCAGUGCGUUUGCUCCUUGCCUAGUUGCCUGCACUUGGUAGGCUACAAGCACGCCCGUGAACCCGUCCGUGUGCUCACUGUGGCUGCGCGGCAGGCGGCUGAGUAAAGCCUGAUGGGGGCUGAGGAGCACAUCUUGUGCCGUGCGUCAUGAGGAGUAGUACGAUAAACAGCUGAAUAACAUGGUGAAUGCCAGGAAGAUGGUGGGCCUGUGUGGUAAAGUCAUUGGAAUUGCCAGCUCGGGGAUGGAGGUCAGCCCGGUGCUGAUGGUGGCGCUGGAUGCGAUUCAUGUGCUGCUGGGGCCGUCGGAGCAGCGCGUGGUGAGCACUGGGGCUACCGUAUUGGGGAUCAGUUGAGAAGGAUGGGCGCGCGCUGCCGAUUGUUCACUCGCAUUGCCACUGUGGCGGUGGUGGCGUCAACAUAAUAUGCGCGCGUUGUCAAGGUAAACCUACCCCUCAGCCCCUGACACUAGCACUUGUUCCGAUGUAUCCGCUGCGUGGUUCUGCAGGACGGAUCUGAGCCGCCGCCGGCGCUGCAGGCGGUGGUGCGGCGGGAGUUGCGGCGGCUGGGCGCGCCGCGCCUGCUGGCGGACUGCGUGCGGGAGCUGCGGCUGCAACAGGCGGACGAGCAGGGCGAGGAGGGCCGGGCCCAGGAGGAGUGGGAG